UAAAAAGAAGGUCAUUCGUGAGGUUUUCAAUUCAUACCCUUGAAAUAAAUUUAGAAAUGAGACGAGAAGCUGUUGGGAUUCCAUCAGCCAUUAUUCAUAUGAAGAAAUAAAACCAUACAAGGAUGUGUUAUGCAUUUAAAAAAUAUGUCUCAUACUAUGAAAUUACAGAUUAAUGAGAAUGUGGAUGCGACCGUGUGAAGAUUUGAGAGGAAUGUCCCUUUAAUUAAACUUUGACCUUGUUUUCUAAGCGUUACGGUAACUCCAAUAAAUUUGACUGUGCGCAUUACCGUAAUGAGAGCAUUCAGGCAGAAGUAACAGAGCACAGAUCACCGCUUUGUUUCUCUCCCUCAGACAAAACUGGAGGAUCGAUGGAAAAUGGAGCGCUGGUGGCUGUGGAGCUUUUUAAUUCUGGGUCAAGUUUUAGACUUGAGUGCGGCUGGUGCUUCAGGCAAGCAGUGGAAGAAAAUAAGAGAGAAUAUUUCUGAUGCUGUUAAAGGGUAUAUUCCAUGCAACCCUGUCAACUGUAGCUGCCAUAUAAGUGUCCUACAACAUGACUUGCAGCCCUUUAGAGGAGGAAUCUCUGAGAAUUUCAUGGCUGCUACAGUCAAGAGAGGAGUGGGCACUCACUACCAGAUCAUUGGACAUAAGUUGUACAGAGAGAACAGCUGUAUGUUCCCUGCUCGGUGCAGCGGGGUGGAGCAUUUCAUACUGGAUGUGAUUGACAGAUUACCCGACUUGGAGAUGGUAGUAAACGUCAGGGAUUACCCUCAAGUCCCAAGCUGGGUUCAGCCAACCCUCCCAGUCUUCUCUUUCAGCAAGACCUCAGACUACCAGGACAUCAUGUACCCUGCAUGGACGUUCUGGGAGGGUGGACCUGCUGUGUGGCCCAUAUACCCCACCGGACUGGGAAGAUGGGAUCUGAUGAGAGACGACCUUAAAAAGUCAGCAGCACAGUGGCCCUGGAAGAAGAAAGAGUCUAAAGGAUUCUUCAGAGGCUCCAGAACGAGUCCAGAGCGUGACCCUCUGGUUCUUCUGUCCAGAGAAGCUCCAGAGCUGGUGGAUGCAGAAUACACCAAGAACCAGGCCUGGAAGUCUGAGAAGGAUACACUUGGGAGACCCCCAGCCAAAGAAAUCCCCCUGGUCGAUCACUGCAAAUACAAGUAUUUAUUUAACUUCAGGGGAGUGGCAGCAAGCUUUCGCCUCAAACAUCUCUUCCUCUGCGGUUCCUUGGUGUUCCAUGUGGGGGAUGAAUGGCAGGAGUUCUUCUACCCUCAGCUCAGACCUUGGGUUCACUACAUACCAGUAAAGCAGGAUCUCUCUGAUGUCAGGGAGCUGCUACAGUUUGUCAAAGAGAACGAUGACAUUGCACAGGAGAUCGCCACGAGGGGUAAGGAAUUCAUCCGAAACCACCUGCGGAUGCAAGAUGUCUCCUGCUACUGGGAGAGACUCUUAUCCGAGUUUAGCCAGCUUCUCACCUACAAACCCCAAAGAAGGAACAGCUACAAACAGAUCGUCCACAGAACUGCUAAAACGGAGCUAUAAGACGGGGAUUCUGGAGGACCAGGGCAGCUGUAGUGAAGGGAAACUUCACAUCCUGAAUGUAAAUGUAACAGUUUAACUUAAAUAAUCCAAGGUCCCAAGUUUUGUCAAGACCAGUUUUGUUUAUUUCUGUGGAGCACACGUCUUCACAGGAAUAACACUUAGAGGGCAUCAAGUUUAGCAUACAGCCAUAGGAGUGGUUUAUCUGUGGAUGCGGCCAUUUCCUAUUUUACAUUUUGCAUCCAGAUAUGAGCCCUGAUGCCUAUUGUCUGUCUGACAUCCAAAAUAACAUGUGAGAUGUACUUUUUAGGCUUUUUAUGCUCACUAAAGGGCUAUUGUAAAAGCUUCACACAUCAACUUUAGGCUACUGAUCAUGAAAAAGACGACUCUACCAGUGAGUGGCAUAAACGAUCUACAUGGCUCAGGAGGGACAGAAAAUAUCCCUGAUCAUGUCUUAGUGACGUCAUGAAGGUUAGUGGAUUUCUCCAGAAUCUAAUGAAAAUAUUAUGGUCUGGCUUUGGAGCACCAUAUCUGUCAUGGAUGUGUGAUUGUUAAUAGUAAUUGGGGAUAAAUAAUGGAGAUACCAGGUGUUGGAGAGUGUCUAGAAAAUGAAAGGUCUCAUAUCGUGCCCCUUUUCAGCAAAUUAAUCAAAGCCUUGCAUGUCUCCACACUGUUUUUCAGUUCUAAAAAAUGCAAACGGUUAAUUUCUCUCUAGCUGUCUAACCUGUGGUUUUAGGGCUGUUCUAAAUGGGCUGUUUUGCUUUGAAAUCCACGGAGGUGCAGUUGAAAAACAUGCUGUUCUGAUGGCUGAAGCACCUGUGUUGAAUUCUUGCGGGCUAACUAGCUGUGAGGAAUGGCAGAAGUUCACGUCUUCAUAUCUAUUUUGCACCUCCUAGUUUAGAACAACUACAAAACACCAUAUGGGACCUUUAAAGUUGAUAGUGUGCCCUUUAUGUGGAGUCAGUAAAAAUAUUCUCCCAAGGAAUCUUCAUUUCAUUCAUUCAAAUACAAUCUGCCCCAGUCCAAGUAUUAUCAAAGUAUCGUGGCCAUAACUGACAUGACUUUUAAUGUUAGGUACAUAGAAUGUGUGAUGUUUAAGGAUCAGAACUACUGUUCCGACAGAUCUUAUAAGCUGGAAGUUGUAUUCAGCUGUGUCACUUUGGCAUUUCUAGAUGGGAUUUGAGUUUUUAUUUUUUAUUUUUUAAUGGUUUCAAGUAGUUUUCUUUCAUGCCAUGGACAGUAAGGAAAAGGUAGAUCUCAUGGAUGACAUGUCUUACUACACUGCCCUCUCCUGGACGACUGGAGAAAGUCCAGCAGACGUUAAACCAGGUUUGAUUGCAACAGAUCUACAUUUGUAUGUCAUCUGCCCAUUGGUUUCAUUGCUCGAAAUAAAAGACAAUGAAAUUUCCUUUCACACAGAGUGCCAGCAGUAAGCAAUAAUGUUCAGAGUAACACUUUUUUUUUUUUUUUUACUCGUGUCUGAAGUUUCCAAGAAACACUCUUGUUAGUGGGCUUUACCUUUUCAGUGGAAACAGUCUUGAUGUUCAUAGAUGACAGAUGGUACAAUUGUAACAGGGUCAUGCUGAAUAUGUUGUAGUAUUCACAUUGUACUGUCAACAAGUAGUUUGUUACGAAUGUUAUUUUUUCUACUACUGUUGCAAACUGUGGCCCAUUAGUGUACUUAUUUGACCAAGAAGCUGUGAUCAUUCAGGUUGUUGUCAUAACUUAUGCAGCUUUUUUUUUUAUCCCAAUAAACUUGUUACAGACAUUC